CAGAAAGAGAGAGAGAGAGGGCUAUACUAGGGGAAAACUGGCAAAGACAAAGGACUGAUCAGCCUUUAGGGGACCAGAAGAGAGCGGAAUCUGUUUUUUACACCGGUUUAUGGUAGUCCUGGUGGUCCAGCAGCGGCGGGAGGCGUCCAGGUUUGUGCCCAGCAUCAAAUCCACGUUGUAUGUGCUCCAGUGGAAGUUACGCUUCAUGGUCAGCAGCCUGGUGAUGGAAAGAACUGCAAAGCUAUAGGCUUGUUGACUGGAUGGAAAGAGCUGUCAACACACAGAGACGAUGGAGGAAGUGGAAACGCACAGAGAGCAGUGUCAGUUUGACUGACGACACCCUGCCGUCGCGGUGCUAGAGGAGUAAUCUUCCAUUCGGGAGCAUCUGGAGUAUCUUUGUUUGCAUCUUGGGUUCCAGUUUUUACCCCCUUCCUGCUGUUGACCUUUCUCCACAUCUAUUCUUUAGAGAGCUGUAGCAGGUGUUAAACAGCAACAGGUUUUAAUUUACCUUCCAACCCCCCCCCACCUCCCCCCUGCAACCAUACACAGACGCACAAAAGCCCCUCUCUUCCAAGCGGCUGAGAGGUUGCUAUGGCAAUGGUUGUGAUGCUGCUGAUGUAGCGUCCUGAAGGUAGUAGUUGUGGAGGUAGUGGAGGAGCUGGAGGAGGAGGUGGCGGUGGCGGCGGUGGUGGUGGUGAAUGUCCAGGGAUGGGAAGCGCUCCGUAUCCAGCCAGUGAGUGGAAAGGGAAGGGGCGAGGCGGCCUGCAGGAGCUGGGCUGCAUGCGCUGGAAGGUCGGCAAGCAGAAAGGAGGAGGAGGAGGAGGAGGAGGAGGAGGGGAGGUGGUGGUGGUGGGAGUGGAGGAGAGGAGGGAUCCCCCAGACUCUCAGCAGCAGCAGCAGCAGCAGCAGGAUCUCUCAUCCUCCUCUUCCUCCCUCACACCCCCGCUGCCUCCUCAACCCUCUCUGACACCUCCAGCCAUCUAUCAUGAGAAGCAGCGGAGGGAGCUGUGCGCGCUGCACGCGCUCAAUAACGUCUUCCAGGACGGGACGGCCUUCAGCAGGGACACGCUGCAGGAGAUAUACCAGAGGCUUUCUCCCAGCACUCUGGUGACACCUCACAAGAAGAGCAUGCUGGGAAAUGGGAACUACGAUGUAAAUGUCAUCAUGGCCGCCCUGCAGACCCGAGGGUUUGAGGCAGUUUGGUGGGAUAAAAGAAGGGAUGUAGGCAGCAUCGAGCUGUCCAACGUGACGGGCUUCAUUCUGAACGUGCCAUCCAACCUGCGCUGGGGUCCGCUCCGGCUGCCGCUCAAACGCCAGCACUGGAUCGGAGUCAGAGAGGUGGGAGGAGUCUACUACAACCUGGACUCUAAGCUGCGCAGCCCUCAACACAUCGGCAACCCGGAUGAGCUCAGGAAGUUUCUCCGCCAGCAGCUGCGAGGGAAGAACUGUGAACUCCUAUUGGUCGUCUCGGAGGAAGUGGAGGCACACCAAACAUGGCGGUCUGACGGCUAAGCGGCCCCGUCGCAGCUCCAAAUCAGCGAGCCAAUCACGGAAUGAACGGGAGAGGAAGUACAGUCGUGCACAGCCAAUCACACGGAUGCACACUUUGCAGAUGUAUUUUCCCGCCUUUUUUUUUGGGUUUUGUUUACACAGGCAUUGCUGGACUCUUCUGAGAGACGCAGAGCAAUGAAGGAAGCAAACACUUUACAGGGAGAACCCGAAAAUCACAGUCCUUCACUCACAACACAGUUAAGACUUAUACAAAGUUAUUAUUAUUCUGUUUCUGCUAUUCUUGUGUUUUUAUAUAUAUGGACUAUUUUUCAAUGUCGGUUUUGAUCUGUUGAUUUUUUUUUUUUUUUUUUUUACUGUUCAAGUUUCCAAAGUGAUGGGAGUUGAGGCUUUCUGAAAACGCUGUGUUUAUCUGCUGUCUCCCUCAGUAAUCCUCCCCGCUUCAGUCAUGAUGUUCACUGACGUGUCUUCGUGUUUCUGUCCGUCUCGUCGUGAGUCUUUCUCUUCGUACCUCUUCGUCCUUCACUUUCACCAAAGCGUGCCCUUUCUUGCCUCGAUGUGACUCCAUCUCACUCCUCUAAAGCCCCAUUUUCCAUAUCACAGGUUUAAAAAAAAAAAAAACGGCGAUUUAUCGAGUUGCCAACUUCGUAUUUCAUCCACUCAAACCCAAACACUUGUGGCACAGUCUGAGCCUAACACUGUACCGAGGCUGUGCCGACUCAACAGUUUUAUAUGCAACAAAGCAAUGCAACACCCAGGCCAAGCACGCCCUCUAGUGGAUGUUUGCCUCCGUUUCCUUUCAAGGAUUUAAAACCGUUUCACAUUCAAGAGUGCUUAUCAUCGAGGAUAUAAUGCAAUACUUGCGAUUAUUAUUAUAUCUCCCAGUGGAAUUAUACUGUAUCAUGAUAUAUUAUUUAUCAAAUUAGGGUGAUAAGAGCACCUUUUUCCUAAACUGUUCUCUAAGCAGAAGUUGGCCAUACUUUGUAUUACCCUGCACAGUUCCAGCAUGACCGUGAAUCUGUAAUUUCAGUCGAAAAAACACUCAAAGUCACCUUAUAAUCUUGCUCUGGAGCUUUCAACCACAUGACUGUCCUCAUCAAUCCGUGUAUCAUUCGUUCUUUUC